GGUCUAUUAUAAAGGUCUAAACAGGAGAGUAGCUCUGUUUCUUGGUUGAAGAUUUACUGCUCAUGUCUGUGUGCAGUAUGAGACAGUUGGUAACACUAGCAAUUCUGGUCUUGGCGCUAUGCGCCGCAAGUGAGGUAGAAUAUAAGUGUUUAGAAGACCAGGACAGCAUCGCUACAGAUGCAGCCGAGAAGUUCAUCAACGACCAUCAUCGUCAUGGAUACAAGUUCAAGUUUGUCUCUCUGGACAGUCGCACAGCCGAGGAGAAGGCUGAUCCUUGUGAAGUGGUCUUCAGGAUCACUUUAGAAGAAUCUGUUUGUCACAUUGUGAAUCCUAAACCUGUAGAUCAGUGUGAAGUUAGAUCAGAGACUGAGACGAUAGUGACGGCGAAAUGCAAUGUGACCAUCACUAGUAUUGAAGGAAAAGCAGCUGUGAAAAACUACAUCUGUGACACUGAGCCAGGUUCACAUCAAUCGCUGGUCAUGAAAUGCCCUGAUUGUCGUGCUCUACUGCCCCUUCAUGACCCUACGGGUCUAGAGAGUAUGAAAUCUGCCCUGCAGAAAUACAACAAGGAAUCCAACCACAUGUCUUACUUUAAACUGAUGGAAAUGGGAAGAAUUAGCACACAGUGGAUGUUAAUGGGUCAAAGCUUCUUUGCCGAGUUUGCCAUUGUGGAGACAGACUGUCCAAACAAGGAGUCCCAGAAUCGAGAUACGUGCAAGGCUUUAUGUGGAGAUAAGGCUAGGUAUGGAUUCUGUAAAUCCACUAAGGUUGGAAAUAACGAACCGAGAGUGGAAUGUAACAUUUAUGAAGCUCAGAACUCAUCUCAUCCAUUUCAGUCAAGAGACUGUGGUCCUCCACCACGCCACCAUCACCACCAUCACCACCACCACCACCAUCCAGGGCACCACCCAGAUCAUGCUCACCCUCAUCACCCAGAUCAUGCUCACCCUCAUCGCCCAGAUCAUGCUCACCCUCAUCACCCAGAUCAUGCUCACCCUCAUCGCCCAGAUCAUGCUCACCCUCAUCGCCCAGAUCAUGCUCACCCUCAUCGCCCAGAUCAUGAGGACAAAAAAAUGCCUGAUCAAAGGGGUCGGCCAGAACAUGUGGGCCACAGACACAAGAACAAAACCUCAGAUCACAAAGACUGGCCAGAACAUGUGGGACACUCUGGCAAAGACAAACCCUGGUGUCCAAAACACCCUUUGGGAUUUCCAGAAUCUGGGUCUGAGGGGCACCAUGAGUUCCCAUGCCAUGGCUUUGUAAAAAUACCCCCCUCUAUUUAUCCAAUUUGCCCCUUCCCUCCUUCACGUCCCUGCAGGGGUCCUCCAGAGCUUGCGCCUCCUCCUAAGAUGUUUAAAUAAGCCAAAAUGCCUUUUCAAAAUAACCACCAUAAGGGUGCACUUUUAAUUGUAAUCACAUGAAGAAUUUCAUAAUAUCGCAAAUAUUCUAUAAACAAAUGAAUAUCUGUUGUAAUUGCAUAAGUCAAUGUGAACAUUCUUUAUAACAAAUCACAAAUGUGCUGCUAUUUAGUGUUUUAAAUUAAAAGUGCCUUUUUUCUUGGGAGGCAUUUAGCCUGUUAUAUCCUUUAAGCUUUUGAGAAAACAACUGUGAACAACUGAACAACUCUGGAGAUCAAAGUGGGUAAUACCAAUGUAAAUGUGUGAGAACAUUCAGAGUCAGGCACAGUAAAAAUCCUUCAAGUUUGACCAGUGUGCUUGAGUGA